AUGGAGGACGCGUACCUUAGGGGCCCCGAUGUGACCUAUAAGAGAGUCCCACGGGGCGCGAAGCUGGCUGAAAAACGAGGCGUGGGCGUGGCGGUCAACUGGAAAUAUUGGCCAGCGGAACAUCGAUUGCCAGCCUUCGGGUGCGCCCGGGAUGACCAACUGCAACUGCCGAUUCGCAGGCCCCAAGUCGCCCAACAGCCGUCUACGUUUUCAAGUACUACCGCCACACUGCAAUCGGCGUUAGGAAACUCGUCAACAUGCUCAGCAUCCGUCCCCAAGUGCUCACUGCCUCCGCUGAGGCCCGAAACUCCAGGCCGUUACUCCCGAACUUGUACGGCGGCCGGGAUUGCCCUGUCAUGGCAGAUGCCCACUCCGGCCCUUGUCGUUGAUGUCAUCAGUCUUCCCAGCUUGAGCAAAUCAAAACCUCACCCUCCCGGACACGAAUCCAUGCAAGGGCACUUCGUCAUCCAUCAAACCCACCCUCAAUUGUUUGGCUCCUUGUUAAGUUAG